AUGGACUCACAAUCAACAAUCGCGGCUCCGGCCAUGGAUGCCACCUCCUUCCUCGACUUGGCCAUCACACUGGUCCUGAACAACUGGCCCGCACUCACAUUAGCCGUGCAAUCAAACUGGGGCGGCCCUACCUCCGCCGACAAGCGCGACUGGCUCUGCGGCGCAAUCUCAGACAUGCUCAAAGACCGGCCCGAAACCGACGCCGAGGAUCUCGAAGACGUCCUCAUUCAGGUCUUGAAUGAUGAAUUUGAAGUUUUGGUCGACGACGAGAGUGCUGGCAAUGUCGCGCUCGAGAUUAUGGAGUUCAAGGCACAGACGGCGCGGGGAGAGUUCGGCGCUAUUCAAGAGCUGUGGGAGACGUGGCAGAAGAAAAGCCAGCAGAAGUCAUCGGCGGCGAGCAUGUUCAAGCAGGUCGAUACUCGGGAUGAGGACCAGGAGACCGAUGAGGAAGAGGACUCUGAGGAUGAGGAUGUUGAGAUGGGCGAGGCACCUUCGUUGGUUCGGGCCCCUAGGGAGAAGGUUGAGCCUGAGGUGGAUGAGGAUGGUUUCACUAUGGUCAAGAAGAAGCGGUAA